UGGAAACUGAUAAAUUCUAAUAUUGCUAACAGUACGCUGUGUGGUGUUGUCAUUGGUUAUUGCAGUUUCGUUAGUUGUGGAUUUUAUUACUAAUAUUAGUGGUCUUUAUAAUCUAAUUUAAAGUGAUUUUUUUUUCAAAAUUACGAAAUUCUUUACCUGUAAUUGAUAAUUCGUAUUUUAACUACUGUAGUAUUCCAAAUGUCCACACCUGCUAGAAGAAGACUUAUGCGAGAUUUUAAAAGAUUACAAGAAGAUCCUCCAGCAGGUGUCAGUGGUGCUCCUACAGACAAUAAUAUCAUGAUUUGGAAUGCAGUUAUCUUUGGACCUCAUGAUACACCUUUUGAAGAUGGUACAUUCAAGCUGACUUUAGAAUUCACAGAGGAAUAUCCAAACAGACCACCUACUGUUAGAUUUAUAUCUAAGAUGUUUCAUCCUAAUGUUUAUGCAGAUGGCAGUAUAUGUCUAGAUAUUCUGCAGAAUCGGUGGAGCCCUACCUAUGAUGUUUCAGCAAUCCUUACUUCUAUUCAGUCACUUCUUGAUGAACCUAACCCUAACAGUCCAGCAAAUAGCCUUGCUGCUCAGCUUUAUCAAGAGAACAGGAGAGAAUAUGAGAAAAGGGUAACUACAGUAGUAGAACAAAGUUGGUUGAACUUUAGUGAGGAAGAAGAAAAAGAUGUAAAAAAAGAAUCUUAGGAUUGUAAACUUGUAGCUUUUAACAGUUUGUCUUUUAAGAGAUUUGAUCAGAGGCUUGAUAAUUGCAUCCAAAGCCCUCAGCCUUGAAUGUGGACACAGUCUUGUAAUGAUUCAAUCUGUUAUACAUAGCUUUUUUUAUUUUAAAUUACUGGUGAUGCUAUUUAUAAGUUGCUCAAGAUGAGUAAUGUAUUAGUACUGUUGUAAUUCAUCUAGGAUUUUUUGAACUGUAAUUUAUCCCUUUAUCUUAUUGACUUGAUUUUUCUCUCUCUUCACAAAAUUUAUAAUAUGGUAUGUGUGCUGUCUUCAAAGUAUAAAGUAACUUGUACAUAUUGGUAACCUUUUUCAAAUGUCUUGUCUAGAUAUUGUUACAAAAAAAAAUAUUGUAACAGCAUACAUUAAGUACAUGUAACUAGGGCAGACUCAAGAUUGUUAUUUGUUAAAUUAGCUACAUUUUGUUUUAUAGGUUAUUGUUAAUUUUGUAAGUAAAACACUUUGGUUUCAACUUCAAUAAAAUCAAAUAUUUAUAGCUUGUGUUAAAAUUAUUAUAUAUCUUUCAUAAUUUCCCACUGAGCUCUUCUUGGGAAUGUUUUUGUUUAUAUGAGUUCAAACUAUAUCUCGAAUAAAAUGGUUAAUAAAUCAUGAACAAUAUACUAUUACUUCAUGGUUAAAAUUUCAAUGUUUUAUGGCAAAAUCUUAAAAACAAAAUGCAGUCUCUGUUGAAGAUAAUGGAAGUGAAAGUUUUACUAGUUAUUUGAAGUAACAAACAUGUACAGGAAAUGCUAUGUAUUAUAUAUAUAUAUAUAUUUGUGUGUGUGUGUGUGUCUUUGUGUAUAUACAUAGAUAUAUACACUUUAGGAAAUAAAAGCAUUGCUUUUUAUAUUCC